GCUUUGGUUAACACUACGCCAUGUCUCCAGCUCUUCUUUCGAACGGCUCAGUCAAUAUUGUUGACAUUCGGGACAAAGAUGCCAAUUUCUCAGCAGCCGCUGCAAUUCAGGACGGCUUGGAUCCGCCAGCCGGCAAGGCUCGCUCCUUUCCCACCGUCCUGCUAUACGAUGCAGUCGGGUUACGCCUGUUUGAGGAGAUUACAUAUCUAGACGAAUACUAUCUGACCAACACCGAGAUUGAGGUGCUAGAAAAGCAUGCAAGGACCAUUGCCGAGAGACUGCCGGAUCAAUCACAGUUGGUGGAAUUGGGUAGCGGGAACCUUCGUAAGGUCGAGAUUCUAUUAAGAGAGUUUGAAAACUUGCAGAAACGAGUAGAUUAUUACGCUCUGGAUCUUUCAUUAGAGGAACUGCAGCGUACCUUUGCCCAGGUGUCGCCGCAAUCAUACCAUUACGUCCGCUUUCAGGGUCUCCACGGUACCUACGACGAUGCAUUGGAAUGGCUUAAGAACCCGCAGAAUAGAAAACGGCCCACGUGUGUUCUUUCCCUAGGAUCGUCAAUUGGGAACUUCAACCGAAAAGCAGCAGCAGAUUUCCUCCGUCAAUAUUCUCAACUCCUCGGACCAACCGAUUCCAUCAUCAUUGGCCUGGAUGGCUGCAAGGAUAAGGAUCGAGUCUAUCGCGCUUAUAACGAUUCCAAGGGCAUCACUCACCAAUUCUAUCUCAAUGGAUUAUCUCAUGCCAAUCAGGUUUUAGGGUAUAAUUCAUUUAGACCGGACCAAUGGGAUAUCGAAUGCUUGUAUGACGAAGCUGACGGGUGUCACCGAGCGUUCUAUGUACCCACGCAGGACGUGACCAUUAACGGCAUUUCACUUCGCAAGGGGGAGAAGAUCAUUUUUGAAGAAGCGUACAAGUACGACGCCCAGGAGAGAGAAGAGCUGUGGCGUGACGCGGGGCUUAUCAACGUGGCUGCGUUGGGGAAUAGUCAUGACAACUAUCAUCUCAACAUGCUUUCACCCGCCAAAGUCAGUUUUCCCUCUCGUCCAAGCGAAUAUGCACCUAGUGCGGUGCCCGCAUGGGAAGAGUGGAGAUCGCUCUGGACAUCCUGGGACGUUGUCUCCAAAACCAUGGUGCCACGGGACGAAUUGUUAUCGAAGCCGAUCAAGCUGAGAAAUGCCUUGAUCUUCUACCUGGGACAUAUUCCCACAUUUCUUGACAUCCACUUGACCCGUGCAACACGCGGAAAACCAACGGAUCCGAAAUACUAUCCGCAAAUUUUUGAACGUGGAAUCGACCCUGAUGUGGACAACCCAGAGCAGUGCCAUGCCCACAGCGAGAUACCAGACGAAUGGCCUGCUCUGGGUGAGAUUCUACGUUACCAAGAGCAAGUCCGCAGUCGAGUGCAGUCUCUCCUGAGAACGGAAGACGUGUCACAGAACCGAUUGCUCGGCGAGGCUCUGUGGAUCGGGUUUGAGCAUGAAGUUAUGCAUUUGGAGACUUUCUUGUAUAUGCUGCUGCAGAGCGAUAGGAUUCUGCCUCCAUUGGGAGUUGACAGCCCUGACUUUAAGGGUAUUGCGCGCCAGGCUGAGCUAGAUGCGAAGCCAAACCAAUGGUUUAGCAUUCCUGAGCAGACUAUCACUAUCGGGGUUGAUGAUUCGGACCUCAGCAAGCUUCCAGCACAAUCCUUCACCUGGGACAACGAGAAGCCCAAGAGAUCGGUAAGAGUACACGCAUUCGAAGCCCAGGGCCGAGCCGUCACAAACAGAGAGUACGCCCAUUACCUGAAAGAGAACAGCAUCCAUCGCAUCCCGACAUCUUGGGUGAUCCAGGCAGCUAAUAGCUGGAACAACACAUUCAACGGACUCCAUACUAACGGAGUAUCGAACGGACACGGCAAUUCCAUGGAUAACUACGCGGUACGCACUGUCUUUGGACCAGUGUCGUUCGCUUGGGCAGCCGACUGGCCGGUCAUGGCUUCAUACGACGAAUUGGCCGGGUACGCUGAAUGGAAGAAGUGUCGGCUUCCUACUUUUGAGGAAGUGAGAUCCAUUUACAAGUAUGCCGCGGCACUCAAGGGCCAACCCAAUGGUGUCGAUGCUGUCAGCAAUGGCCUCGCGAUCCUCAAAAAGAAAGAUCCGACUGACGCCGUUAUAAACGGCGCCAACCCCGAGUCCAUUUUUGUGGACCUCGCCGACGCCAACGUCGGCUUCAAGAAUUGGCAUCCAGUCCCCGUUACCCCUAACGGUGACAAACUGGCAGGACAGGGUGAAAUGGGUGGUGUGUGGGAAUGGACCAGCACUCCGCUCAGUGCGCAUGACGGGUUUGAGGAGAUGAAGAUUUACCCAGGAUAUACCGCUGAUUUCUUCGAUGGAAAGCAUAAUAUUGUGCAGGGUGGAUCGUGGGCUACGCAUCCUCGCAUUGCGGGACGUACUAGUUUUGUGAAUUGGUAUCAACACAAUUACCCAUAUGCAUGGGUUGGAGCAAGGCUUGUGCGAGAUCUCUAACUCGAUUGACUGUGUGACGAUUCAUGUCUAUCUUUUGAUUGUAUUUGUUAUGUUAUGGAAUAGGCAGAUUGGCAGGAAUAAUCAACCUCUUUUCACCUCAAUAUUUCUAGAAACUAUAGAUGAAAACCAGGCUGCUCCGACACCUCACAAAACCUCCACAACCCAGCAUCCUCUGCAGCCUUUCUAACCGAUUCCACCUCCUCAUCCAUAACCGCUCUAUUAAUAUCCGCAUAUCUAACCUCCUCAACCUCUUCCUCACCUCCGACCUGCCUCCUCUUUCUACUCUUCUUCUUCCCCACAUGCGCAUCCGGAUGAUACUGCUCCAUAACAUGCACAUACAAAUCCCUCGAAACAUUCUCCGCCAACCACCUCACAAUUUCUCUUCCCUCUUCUAUCCUUCCCGGCAUAACAAGAUGUCUCACUAACACACCCCUUUUCGCAAUCCCAUCAGACGUAAAACUCAAAUCUCCAACUUGUCUAUACAUCUCCUUGAUAGAUUCCUUGGCAACAUCCGCAUAAUUCUCCGCUUUGAGUAAUCGCUUUGAUGUCGAGGGAUCCCAGACUUUGAAAUCGGGCAGAUAUAUAUCCACCAAUCCAUCCAUUAGUUUCAGUGAUUCGAUCGAAUCGAAUGAUGAGGUGUUGUACACAAUCGGAAUCUUGAGACCCAUC